AUGUCUGAUACUGAAAAACACAAUAGUCCUCAAGUUGAAGUCGAAAAUAUUUCAACUGGACCAACAAAAAAAAAUUUUCUUGGAAUAUUUAGCAUUGAAAACACUACCACUCAAACUCAAAGAAGGUUAAGUAACAGACAAUGUCAGUUACUUGCCAUGGGUUCAUGUAUCGGUACUGCGCUUCUUAUCUCUAUUGGUUCUGCUCUUAGCUACGGUGGUCCAGCUAAUCUAUUUAUUGCUUAUACCUUUUGGUGCACCGUUGUAUAUGGUACAAAUUGCACUUUGUCUGAAAUGACUGUGUACUAUCCCUGCGAUGGUUCUUGGAUUGUUUAUAUCACUAGAUGGGUUGGUGAGUCAAUUGGUGUCGCUAACGCAUGGCAAUAUAUUUUUGGUUUGGUCGCAUUGGUGGCCUUUGAAAUUACUGCUUUUGGCUUAAUCAUCAAUUACUGGACAACUGAUUAUCCAACUUGGGUUCCAAUCACCUGUGUUCUAAUUUCCUAUAUUCUUGUUGAGGUAUUGGGCGUUAACAUUUAUGGCGAAGUCGAGUUUUGGUUAGCCUCUUGUAAGGUCUUUUUAGCUUUUAUGAUGAUCUUCUACACAUUUUUCACCAUGGUUGGCGCCAAUCCACAAUGUUGGGUAUAUGGUUUCCACUAUUGGAAAAACCCAGGCAGUUUUGUUGAUUAUCUCGGAACUGGAACUAAACUAUCUUACUUUGAAGGCUUUGUCAAUGUUUUAAUUAUGGCUUCAUUUACAAUCGCAGGUCCUGAUUAUGUUUCUAUUACUGCCGGUGAAGUUAAAAAUCCAAGAGUUGUUUUACCAAAGGUUUUCAAAACGGUUUUAUAUCGUUUAUUUCUUUUUUUUGUUCUUGGUUCUCUUUGUGUUGGUAUUAUUUGCCCUUAUAAUGCUGAUGACUUAUUAAGUGGAGGUUCCAAAGCUGCUCAAUCUCCAUACGUUAUUUCAAUGAAAAUCCUUGGUAUUAAAGGAUUACCUGACUUUUUCAAUGCUAUAUUAUUAACAACUAUUUACUCAUCUGGUAAUGGGUUCUUUUAUUGUGCAACUAGAUCCCUUUACGGUCUUGCAAAUGAAGGCAAAGCUCCAGGGUUUUUCAAAAUUUGCUUGAGAAAUGGCUCUCCAAUUGUAUGCAUCGCUCUUGUUUCUGCUGGUUCUUGUUUGGCAUAUUUAUCUUUAAGCAACAACUCGGCCAAAGUAUUGAAUUGGUUUAUUGGUUUAUCAACAGCUUCGUUAAUGAUAUAUAUGAUGCUAAUCAACGCAGCAUAUAUAAGAUUCAGACAAGGCUUAAAAGCUCAAGGUAUCCCCUAUGAGUCUUUAGCAUAUAGACAUAGAGAUUCAAGUUGGAUUUGUUGGUAUUCUCUAGUAAUGAAUUUUAUUUUAUUGUGGAUUCAAGGUUACUAUGUUUUUAAACCAGGUAGUUGGGAUACUGCCACCUUUCUAUUUUGCUACUUUAUGCCAUUUUUUACUAUUGGAAUUGCUUUUAUAUGGCAGAUCCUCAAAAGGCCCAAAAUUUUAAAACCAGAAGAAUUAGACUUAAUUACGGGUUUGAAAGAGAUAGAUGAAUAUUGUGAUAACUACGUUGAAGAAGAACAAACCAAAUGCUGGUGUGAUACUCAUAUAAACACUCCAUUAAGAUCAAUAUCAGAUUCUACAAUUGUUGAUGCAUACGGCUUCGAGUUGUCAUUCUAUAAAGAUGUUCCAGGAAUUAUUCAAGAAUUAAAAGAUAAUAAUGUUAAAAUUGUUGCUGCUAGCAGAACUUGGGCUCCUGAUGUUGCUAAAAAAAUAUUAACUUUAUUAAAAAUUAAUAAUGAGCUGUCAAUAAAAUAUUUCGAUGAAUUACAGUGGGGCGAACAUACAAAAGUGAUUCAUAUUACAAAUGCAUUAAAAAAAUUAAAUAAAACAUAUGUUAAUGAAACUAAAGAUGGAAAGAGCCAAAAACUAGGGUUAGAUGAAGUAAUUUUAUUUGAUGAUGAGUCAAGAAAUAAAGAUGUUGAAAGACAUGGUAUUCAUUUUGCAUUUUUACCAAACGAAGAUUACGGAUUGACAAGAAAACUAUUUGUUAAGGGUAUCAAUGAUUGGGCGAAGAAAAAUGGACAUUUGUAG